GGCUGGGUUUCCAGCGAGGCGGAGGACGAGAGGGGGGCUUGUGCCUUGUCUUUGGGGAGCCUCCCGGGCGCGCUGAGCAAGGGGGUGGGGAAUGGCUGGCAGAAGCCGCCGCUCCUGGCUCAGCGUCUUGCUCGGUCUGGUGCUGGGCUUCACCCUGGCUUCCCGGCUCAUCCUGCCCCGCGCUUCGGAGCUGAAGAACGUGGGACACCGGCGCCGCGCCAGCAUGGAGGGUUGCAAGAGGCGAGGGGGCGGCGGCGGCGGCUUGCUGCUUCUGCCCAACCGGGACUCCCGAGGGGCCCUCCUCUGGCACCCGGACCAUGCCCAGCCUCGGGGCCGGAGCCCCCCGGCCAAGAACUUCCUCUUCGUCGGGGUCAUGACAGCCCAGAAAUACCUGGAGACCCGAGCCGUGGCAGCCUACAGAACGUGGUCCAGCACAAUCCCUGGGAAGGUGGAGUUUUUUUCCAGCGAGGGCUCAGAUAUGUCUCUCCCGAUCCCCAUUGUGUCGCUACCUGGCGUUGAUGACUCUUACCCACCGCAGAAGAAAUCGUUCAUGAUGCUCAAGUACAUGCAUGACCACUAUUUGGACAAAUACGAAUGGUUCAUGCGAGCGGAUGAUGACGUCUAUGUGAAAGGAGACAAACUGGAGAACUUCCUGCGGAGUUUGAAUAGCAGCGAGCCCCUCUUCCUAGGGCAGACCGGACUAGGCACGACUGAAGAAAUGGGGAAACUGGCCCUGGAGCCCGGAGAGAACUUCUGCAUGGGGGGUCCAGGAGUAAUCAUGAGCCGAGAAGUGCUUCGGAGAAUGGUCCCUCACAUUGGGGAAUGCCUUCGAGAGAUGUACACCACUCAUGAGGACGUGGAGAUCGGCAGAUGCGUACGGAGAUUUGCAGGAGUGCAGUGUGUCUGGUCUUACGAGAUGCAGCAGCUCUUUUACGAAAACUAUGAGCAGAACAAAAAAGGUUACAUCAGAGACCUGCACAACAGCAAGAUCCACCGUGCCAUCACUUUGCAUCCGAACAAAAGUCCACCUUACCAAUACCGGCUUCACAGCUACAUGCUGAGUCGUAAAAUAGCAGAGCUACGAUACCGGACCAUUCAGCUGCACCGCGAGAUUGUCCUCAUGAGCAAAUACAGCAAUACCGAAGUACGUCGAGAGGACCUUCAGCUGGGAAUCGCACCGUCCUUCAUGCGAUUCCAACCGCAACAGCGCGAGGAGGUUUUGGAGUGGGAAUUCCUGACGGGGAAGUACCUGUACUCUAUGGUAGACGGGCAGCCGCCUCGCCGAGGCAUGGACUCCUCCCAGCGUCAGGCCUUGGACGACGUUGUGAUGCAAGUCAUGGAGAUGAUCAACGCCAACGCCAAGACUAGGGGACGGAUUAUAGACUUUAAGGAGAUACAGUACGGCUAUCGAAGAGUGAGUCCCAUGUACGGGGCCGAAUACGUCCUUGACUUGCUUCUUUUGUACAAAAAGCACAAGGGGAAGAAAAUGACCGUCCCUGUCCGGCGACACGCCUACCUACAGCAGACCUUCAGCAAAGUCCAGUUUAUGGAGCCUGAUGAAAUGGAUGCCAAAGACCUGGCCAGCAAAAUCAACCAGGAUUCAGGAUCCUUGUCUUUUCUCUCCAAUUCUCUUAAGAUGUUCGUCCCGUUCCAGUUGAGCAAGUCCAAAUCCGAGAAGACGGAAUCCAAAGACCAAAAGAUCAACAUCUUAAUCCCUCUUUCGGGACGCUUCGAUAUGUUUGUACACUUCAUGGCCAACUUCGAAAAGACCUGCCUUAUUCCUAAUCAGAACGUCAAGUUGGUUGUCUUGCUAUUCAACUCCAACUCCAAUCCCGAUAAGGCACGUCAGGUGGAACUGAUGAGAGAGUAUCGUAUGAAGUACCCCAAGGCCGACAUGCAGAUUUUACCCGUUUCUGGAGAUUUUUCCCGCGCUCUGGCCCUCGAAGUCGGAUCUUCUCAGUUUAACAAUCGGUCCCUGCUCUUCUUUUGUGACGUUGACUUGGUUUUCACUGCCGAGUUCCUCCAACGGUGUAGAGCCAACACAAUGAUAGGGCAACAGAUUUAUUUUCCGAUCAUCUUUAGCCAGUAUGAUCCAAAGAUUGUCUAUAGCGGAAAAGUUCCGAGUGAGAAUCACUAUGCUUUCACGCAGAAAACUGGUUUCUGGAGGAACUACGGUUUCGGAAUAGCUUGCAUUUACAAGGAGGAUUUAAUUCGGGCAGGGGGGUUUGAUGUUUCUAUUCAGGGCUGGGGUCUUGAGGAUGUGGAUUUGUUCAACAAGGUGAUUCUAUCUGGGCUCAAGACGUUCAGGAGCCAAGAAGUUGGUGUAGUCCAUGUACAUCACCCGGUCUUUUGUGACCCAAACCUGGAUCCAAAGCAAUAUAAAAUGUGUUUGGGCUCAAAAGCAUCAACGUACGGUUCUACUCAGCAACUCGCUGAGCUGUGGCUUCAGAAACAUGAACCAAAUUUUGGGAAGAACACAGUUGCUAAUGGUUCCUUGAGGACAGCUUAAUAUCCCGGGAAAAGGGGAGAUUUAGAAAAAAAAAAAACAAAGACACUGUAAUUGCAUUUUUUUAAAAAAAACUACCCUAAUUUAUUUUUUCCUUUGGGGAAAAUGUUUUGAUAGUUGAUUUUUUAAGAUGACCACACAAGGGUAUAUUUUAAAAAUCCAUCGUUUUUCUUACGAGGACCUUUCCAGCUUUUUUUCUGAACAAAACUGUGAUCAAACUUUUGCCUUUCGGGAAAAUAAAAUAACAAUAAUAAUAAUGACUGGGGCUAAAUAUAAGGACUUUGCCUGGUUCUGACAAAGUCAGAUAAUUGAAAUAAUUAUCUUUUUGUUGUUGUUGUUGACUGAGAAACGGACCAAAUACGUUAAUAAAGUAGAAGGAAGCUCAGAAUUUCUACACACGGUACUUCUCCAUAGUGAGGGGAGGAGUAUCCAGGAUGGGUUGACCUUAUCCUCUCGUUGAUUGGACUGAGUCAAAUAAGCUCUUGGUAUACGCCCCUGGUCCACCAGGCUCCGCCCAGUUAUCGACUCAGUCCCUCAACUGGAUGGUUUGCCAUCCUGGAUCUCUGAUAAAUUCGAAGAAAUCUAAAGAAAGCGAAAGAAAUUCAUCUGUCUCCCUACCGCAGCAACUACAGGCGAGCACUGCUCAAACUUAGUUGUUUGGGCAGUUCCGGUGGCAAUUAAAUGCAAGUUGGUAUAAAUGGCUCACCUAUUUUCCCCCCAUCUGCAGGAGUGUGUAUGUGUACUUGUGAGUGUGUGUGUGCGUGUGCGCACGCGAGAGAGAGUGUGUAUCCCUAGUCCCCCUUGUUGACUAAUUUGCCUUCAAGAAUGCUUCAUUUGGUUGCCUCUUUCAGCCUUAAAAUAUCUUUUUGCUCCAAACG